UGGCGCCCCCAUGCCGUUUAAGAGGCGUUGUAGUCCUCUUUUUAGUUUCCGUUUGUCGUCUUCCUCUGCAGUGUUCACAGCUCUCCGUCAAGAUGCUGGACAGGACGCUGCUUCCACUCCUUUUGGUCCUCCUGACUAUGGAGAGCUCGGUGGUGGAUGCGAGAAGGGGGUGCUUAACCAUCCGCGAGAAAAGGGAAAUUGAGAACAUGUAUUUGGAUUACAAGUGCAUGGAACCCGGCGAGAAAUUUGUUGAGCUCGCCGUCGACAGGGAUUACGUAGCGUAUGUUCCAACAAUGGCGAAAGUGAAGCGGUGUUCCAUGAUGCACUGCAUGGCGAGUAACAUGAGGUGCCUGGCUACGGAAAAGGCGAAUAGGACAAUCAGAGUGGAGGCGUAUAGUAAGACGAAAGGUAUGCAGUGCCUAAAACAUACAGUUGAAGAUGAUGUGGCAUGCGCUUGUCAAAGAUGCCAGGCCCGGACAUGCCCCAACGACGACAUGGACUUCAACCGUUCGACCUGCAAAUGCGAGUGCACGCAGCAGUUCAUCGACAGAUGCAGUGACCGAGUGAACAAAGGAACACACAUGCUCGAUAUAGAGAGCUGUCGCUGCAUGUGUAACGAACCCAAGAAAGACUGUGGUCGACGCAUGUGGAACCCCAAUACAUGCAGGUGCAUGGACUGAAGACAGAGAAGAAACCACAAUAAGCAAUUUAGAAACCAUCAAUAAAAGAUAUUUUUAAGGCUAUGUAUGUGAUAUAUUUCAGUAAGGAUAGUUUGUUUUGGUUUGUUUUACUAAAGUCCAUAAUGUAUUAUACAUAUGUGAAAAUAAGAAUAAAAAUUAUAUGUGAAAAACAGGUGGUUUAUGAGAUACUAUUGAAUGGAGAAAGAUUUUGAAGAUAAUGAUAAGCCAACUUUGUAUUUUAUUACCACGAACAUGCUAUGUUUGAACAUUGUUUCUUCAGGUGCAAAAUAAAUGAUAAAGGAAUAUAUAA